AAACUGGAAAAAAGCAGCGAAGAAGAAGAAAGCAACAAAAUCAUUACCUACUGUACUGCAACAACAGUCACGCAUGUCACUGUCCCAAGUUUGGGAAAGGUCAAGCACGGCCCCUGUCCUAUCCUCUGCACAUGCUCGCUGCUUCUCAUCCCUCUUUUUCCUCGAUUAUCCUCUUCUUCUACGCCCCCUCUCUAGCCGUUGCAUAUCUGUGUACUGGGCAGCUCUUGUUUUCUCCACAGACGGCAAAAUGGCACUUCCCAAGAUCGUGUCGGUGGCCGCCCUGGUGCUGUUGGUUGCGGCCGUCGGAGGGGUGGAAGUCACGCGUCUGCGGCCGUGUGAUUUUCCGGCGAUCUACAACUUCGGCGACUCCAACUCCGACACCGGCGGCAUUUCAGCGGCGUUUGAGCCCAUUCGUGCACCCUACGGCGAGAACUUCUUCCGGAAGCCUGCCGGCAGAGAUUGCGACGGCCGCCUCAUCGUAGACUUCAUAGCUGAGCAUUUGAGGUUGCCGUACUUGAGCGCGUACUUGAAUUCACUCGGAACUAGUUACCGGCACGGCGCCAAUUUCGCGACAGGGGGCUCGACCAUUCGGCGCCAGAACGAGACCAUAUUCGAGUAUGGGAUAAGCCCCUUUUCUCUUGAUAUGCAGGCCGUCCAGUUUGAUCAGUUCAAAGCCCGAACUGCCGAUCUCUACAAUGAAGCCACCGCCGACAGAUCCAAGCUCCCAGAACCUCAGGAAUUCUCCAAGGCACUCUACACGCUCGAUAUUGGGCAGAAUGAUCUGUCCGUGGGGUUUCGGAAACUGAGUAACGAUCAGCUUCGAGCCGCAAUGCCGGACAUAGUUGAGAAGUUUGCUUCGGCUGUUCAAAAUCUGUAUCAGCAAGGGGCGAGGUCAUUCUGGGUACACAACACGGGGCCAAUCGGGUGCUUGCCAGUGGCCACCAUGUACAUCCGCAACCCGCCGCCGGGUUUUCUGGACCAGUUCGGCUGCAUAAAGGGCCAGAACGAGAUGGCCAUGGAGUUCAACCGGCAGCUCAAGGACAGAGUCCGGAAGCUCAGGGCAGAGCUUCCGCACGCCGCCCUGAUAUACGUCGACGUUUACACCGCCAAGUAUGGCCUGAUCAGCGACACCAAGAACCAAGGAUUUACCGAUCCGAUCAAGAUAUGCUGCGGCCAUCACGAGAACGACGUGAACGUGUGGUGCGGGCAGAGGGGUGUGUUCAAUGGCACUGAAGUGUAUGGGGCUUCAUGCGCGACUCCUUCCACAUACAUCAGCUGGGAUGGAGUUCACUACUCCGAGGCUGCUAAUCAUUGGGUUGCCAAUCGGAUUCUCAAUGGAUCCUUGUCGGAUCCGCCUGUUCCUGUCACCCAUGCCUGUUACCAGCACGCCGCCUUAUGAUUCACAGGAUCUCAAAGACUUUUCGUUAGUAUUAGAUCAAGAGAGAGCGAUGAGGAGGGCUUUGGAUAAGCCAAUUUUCUACAUGAUUACUUGUCUUCAUGCGUUACCAUUGCUAUACCUACUAGUUGAAUAGAACAAUGAACAUUGCAAUGAUAAUAAAACGGGAUUUGCCUGAUCCUAUUGGGACACCGUUCAAUUUUGACCA